AAACUUCCGUAUGGCGAUGGUAUUCGAACAUUUCUUCACAAUCCAAAGCGAAAUGCGCUCCCUGGCAUCGGCUACGAAACUCCGGAUCCGGAAGAAGAAGAAGCGGAGAAGCUUAAGCAGCAGGAAGAGAGUCAGGAAGCUGUGGCGUCAGAAGAUGAAACUCAAACAGCAGAGGCCGUGCCUGAAAGCGUUCAGUGAAGCCAGUGCUCGACGUAGCCAGCUUUCUAAAAUGAUUUGCUAAGC